AUGGAACUUGACAUCUCUCAAGGUUCUACUUCGGCGGCCCAAACUACUUCUUCUAAAAAAGAAAAAGGAAAGGCUACUGCCCAAAUUUAUGCAGAAGCAAAGAAUACUGCUGACUAUUCUUUGCCAGUUCUUUCUGUGUACAAACAAAAGUAUGUAAGCAUUUCGCGUGCUCUCGAUACUGCAGAGGCUAAAAUUGAAAAAGUCUCAAAAAGUGUAGUUGGUAGUCUACACGACUUAAAAUUAAAAGUACCAGGAAAAAUUGAGUCCGAAGUUGUAACCAAAAUCAACACAGAAGUACAUGAGAAGCUCCAAGAGCAUUGUGUAGCUACAUUGACUGAUAAGGGGAUUGAAAACCAUACCGUCCCCAAGAAUGAACCCGAAAAAUACUGGAUAGAUAUGACCAGUAAUAUCGCGAAGUUCAACUAUGAUGAGUUUGUAAAAUUUGCUGAUACGUUUCAGGCCAAAAAAAUAUUGGGAGAUACUCCUUCCAUGGUAGGCAAUGAUAAUGAUAGUGAUAUAACUAUACUAUCAGAAAAUACUAACUCAGAUAUUUGGGAACAUACAGAACCAAUCAAAACGUCCAAAGGGCCCAAAGCCGAAAGGCAAAAAACCCCAAAAGGCCAAUACCAAAAAGGCUGGCAAGAAAUAAAGAAACAAUUCAAAAAUAGUUUAAAUAAAGCUAAAACGAAUGAUGUAUCUUUAUUUUAUGUAAACGAAAAAAUUUUAGAUUUUAGCUUUGAUAUAAUAUCUCGUCAAAGCAUUAAUAAAAUAAAUAAAAAUAAUUUUCAAAACAAGUCAAAGUUUGGUAUAAAUAAAAAGCUUGAAAAAGCCUUUGAUUUUUUGGUUGAGAAUAAUUUAGUAUCAAAUCAUUUACAUAGAUGUGGUUAUAUUCUUCCUAACUCAAUUAAACUUAUAAAUGAAGUUGAAAAAUUGAAGUUACCAGUUACUGCUAGUCUGUAUACGUGGGAUAUUAGUAGUAUGUAUACAAAUAUAGAUCUAGACGAUUUGUAUAUAAGAUUAGAAGAAAUGUUACUUAUGUUAAAAGUACCUAAAACAAUCGUCGAUUUUGAUAUUAAUUUAUUAAAAUGGAUUAACUCAAAUUCUUUCAUCAAAUACCAAAAUAAUUGGUAUAAACAAUAUAAAGGACUAGCUAUGGGUAGUUCAGUCUCACCAGUAGCAGCCAAUUUGUAUAUGGAAAGAAUUCUCAUCGAUGCAUUUGGCCCUCUCGAUAAUAAAAUAUUUAAUAGUGUUUUAUACGUAAGGUCAUAUCUAGAUGAUGUUAUUGCAAUCUUAGAUGAUGCCUAUGGUUGCGAUUUCGUGGCUAAUAGGAUUGAAGCUUGUGCUAUUCCUUCAAACUUCGAGUUAGAAGGUACCUGUGCAAAUAAAAUUAAUUUUCUAGAUUUAACUCUAGAAAUGGGUAUUAGUUUGCACGAGGAUACCAGCUAUAAUUAUGGAUACGUGUUGGUUUCGCCAUAUAAUAAACCAACUAAUGUCCAUGCUUACACAGAUACUCAAUCCUUUUAUCCAUAUAAUUAUCGCUACUCCUGGAUACAGGGUGAAAAUAUUCGUCUUAUCCGUAACUCUGGUGACCUUAAAUCUUAUAAUAAUGCUUUACAUGAAUUUAAGUAUUUUUUAAGAAAUAGGAAAUAUCCCAUAAUUGAAAUUAAUAAUUUUCUAAGUAAAAAUGAUUAUAACCAGAGAGAAGCAUUACUAAAGGUAUUAAAAUAUAAAGAUAAUGAAUUUAUUAAUAAAGUCGACUUUAUAUUACCUUUAAAUAAUACUCCAGAAAGAGCGAUACUUGUUAAAAUGUUAAAACAAGUUUUAAAGAUAUAUAACUGCAACGCUUCGGUACAGUCUAAUCGAGUACUUAGAAUCGCAUUACUUGUUAGAAGCGGACAAGCAAUAAUUGAUAUACUAAAUAAAGCAAAAAAGAAGGUUUUACAUACUCAUCUGUAA